AUGUCCUUGGAAACCAUAGCCCUUCUUGACAAGUUAUCCUAUGAGCCGUCUUCAGAUGUCCUCAUCAGUGUUGGCGACAUUGUCGCCAAGGGGCCGCAUUCUGGCUCCACUAAGGUGCUGUCUUACAUGGCGUCUAACAAUGUCACCGCCGUUCGCGGAAACCAUGACCAAAAGGUCAUCGAAUGGCGUGCUUGGCUAAAUUGGAUACACUCUCUUCCCGGGGGGAGCCAGUUCCUCCAAGAGACCCAAGAUAAAUGGGACAAAGCCCAACACCGUGGAGACAUUGACAUCGAAGAUUGGGUAGAGAAACAGACGAAGCUCGACAAGGCUAACAGUGCCUGGUGGAAGAAGAUUCCUGAUGGCUGGAAGCUCUUCGGUGACCACUUUGAGAUUGCUCAUACGAUGAGCGACAAGGAGUUUGACUACAUGGUUUCUCGGCCCCUCAAGUUGCAUGUGCCUUCCGCACAUGCCUAUCUUGCUCAUGCUGGCAUUCUCGCUUCCGAUCCGCACUAUAAACCUUCGCAUAAAAAGCAGCCACUGGCUCGGGUACCUGUCAUACCUCCAGGCGCGAGGCCAAGUUCCAAUAAACUUCCUAUUCUCAGGCGUCUACAAGAACUUGCUGUUCUCACGAAGAUUCCCCAGAAUCUGGACCCAUGGGUAACCCUUAACAUACGAGGAGUCCUCAAGAACCGGGAAGUCACUAGAGGCAAAGAUGGUACACCUUGGUCUGAGUUGUACAACAAAGAUGUAGACAUGUGUGAGGGAUUCGAGCAGAGCAUCCACACUACAAAGAACAGCGAGGUUUUGCCCUGUCAUCCGGCAACAGUCAUCUAUGGACAUGCUGCUUCGCGGGGGCUGGAUGUCAAGCGAUGGUCAAUUGGCAUAGACUCGGGCUGUGUUUACGGGAACCGACUGACGGCGUUGGUCCUCGGCGGUAAGAAUAGCCAUAUCGACUUCAUCGACGAUGACGACGUGAAGAGAGACACUGACGACGACGACGACGAUGAUAGACAUGUUACGUCUCGCUCCGUCGUUCCUUUUGGCGAUCGGGGGAGAGGUGAGAUCGUCAGUGUCUCGUGCGAGUGA